GCGUCCCGCAACCCACUCACCUCCCGCCUCCACUCCCUCUUCUCGUCCCAGCAGCCCCGCAAAGACUCCCAACAAGACACUGACAUGAGGCCGCCGCGCGCAACAUGCGCCCCCGGCCCAGCGGGUGCCCGAGCAGGCUCGGGAUCUCGCAGGCACUCGCGACCCCAGAGUUUGACCCUCUCACUCGCAGGGUCGUCGUAUAUGCAGACACAGAGCUCAGAGAGACCUCAUCCUGUCCUCCGCUGGAUGUCAGGCAAGCACUCCUCGUCCAAGUCCCUCUCAUCCUCCCCAGCGCCCUCCCCGACGCAUUCGUCUCCCAUCGAUACCCCCACCUCCUCCGUCGCGAGCACGCCCUCCUCCGCUGCCUCUGCGCUUGCAGAUGCUUUCAGUGACAACCCUCUACUGGCAUCCGCUCACCACUCGGCAUUCAACGAGUCCUCCUCAUCCCUGGUCUCCUUACCUACGCGUCCCGAGGCUGCUCGUCUCCCUCCACAUUUCCAAGCGACCCGACCACCACGCUAUCUCUCCGAACUGACUAGGAGCACGCUCCCCAGUGCCUCUCUAUCCCCGCCCCUCCACCCGUACGACGACGCGGCAUUCCAAAAUCCGGUACGGUACACAGACCCGUUCGCACCAGACCAGCACGACUCGGACAUGGAACGGAAUCUAGACAUCCUCUACAGUCCUACCCCAAUGCCGUUAGCGAUACCACACUCGCCUGCUCCCGCGCACUUAGGACGGCAACGCUCCGGUACCAUGUCGACGUCGUCUACGCGAUCCUCGCUGGACACACUCCGUAUACAUACGGCCUCGCCACCACAGCUCAAGAUCAGCCUGCUACCUGAUUCCUUGAAGAACUGGUUUGGCGGAGAGGAGAGCGUGGACAGCAAGGCUAUGCAUAACAUGCUCAGUGAAGAGGACCAGCAGAGCAGCAGACAAGCUGAGAGGGAGCACAUAAAGAAGAAAUGUAGAUUAUGGUCCGAAGAACCUGUCGUGUUCUGUCACGGUCUCCUUGGCUUCGACACUGUCACUGUCGGGCCCUCCAUUGCGUCCCUACAAGUCACCCACUGGCGAGGCAUCAAGGAGGCGUUCGAGGCCAACGGCGUCGAGGUUUUGAUGACCCGCGUGCCUGCGACCAGCACACCCAUCGACCGCGCGAAGGUGCUCUGCGAGAAGGUCAGCGAGGCGUAUCCUGGACGGAGCGUCCACCUCAUCGGGCUCGACUGUAGAUACCUAACAACCCAUCUAACCGACCGACCCUUCAAAUUCAACAAGGAUACUCCGGACGUACCCGGGGUGAAGUACUUCAGCUGGGGCGCGACGUAUGACCCGGGACUGAUUGAUACGUGGAAAUGGCCACACUCCGUGGUGAUGGAAAAAGAAGGCCCCAAUGAUGGGCUAGUCUCACUCAAGUCAGCUAGAUGGGGAACGUACCUCGGCACGCUGGAAGGCGUGAACCAUCUCGAUCUGAUCGGCUGGGUAAACACUGCGCGAUACAAGUGGGCAGAGAUCAUGGGGCGCGAGGUCAAGUUCAAGCCUGUCACGUUCUACCUGGGCAUAGCCGAUCACCUGGCGAGGGUGAGAAGCGACGAAGGCCGGGCUCCUUCGGAAGAGAGAAGGGGAGAGACGAGCGAAGAACGGGAGGAGCGUGAGGAGAUCCAGAAGGAGGGCGAGCGCGCGGAGAUGGCGGAUAGUCUAGGGAAAGGCGACGCGCUCGUCCGCGAAGGCAGCGAGCCUGUGGAGAGGGGCGCGGAGGGGCAUAGUGAAGGACGGUGACGAAGGUACCGUACAUGCAUUUGUUCUUGGAUAGGGACUUCACGGCACAUAUACAGUCUUGCUAGCAGCUCACGAUGCAUACGACACGAUUAUGAUACGUCCGUAUAAUGCACAUAAUAUUUGGCGCAUAGAGCCUGUGGCGGAGGCGAUCAGAUGAGGCGAUCGGGUGAUCAGGCAUGGAGGGGCAAGAACGGAGGUGGCCCGGCACUGAAUGGAGUCGUCAUCGAUGUCCCCGGUCAUGCUCACCCCGUUCCGUCCGGAACCCGUCUCGCUUUCUCAGCUCUGGCGCUGCACUCUCCGCCACCAUCCUCUCGCCUCCCUAUCCGCGAACACCCUGCGUGCCCGAUUGACGUUCCAGUUCAAAUACGGUAUGAGCGCCCUCGAGAAGCUCUCCAGCAACAAGGCCUUGGUGGCGAGCUCACCAA